GAUACCGUUCCAGCUGGGAGUAACGAUUCGGAGUUCGCAAGUUCUCUACCUAACUUAUACAUUUUGACCAUUCGGCCGGGUAAAAGUCAGGCUCAAGCUCGUGCCAUCUCUUGGACCUUGCCACUCCCCUGCUCGGACACCGCCCAAGGCGGCUUUACCAUUCGACUAUCUAGAAUUUCCUUCAUUUGA